AAUUGAGCUGCUCCUCAUAUCUGUUCACCCUCGGUUCCCAGUCCUUCAUCAUUUAUGAUUCCGACUCCGCACAUUGACCCCUACCCUCUUGCCCAUGACACUGACUCAGCCCCAUGGUCCAUAACCACCUGCUCAUGACUCUGACCCCAUCACGCAAACUCUUGAACACCUCAACAGCCCUACCCUGAUUCUCUCCCAAUCCCUCUCACUAUUAGUCCUAUCCUGACUCACUGCCUCCCCACUUGACCUUCACCCAUCACCACACUCCAUUCCCCUAUUGCAUCCUGUCCCCGUGUCCCUUGCUUGGUCCCUCUAUGAUCUCAGUGCCUAGGGACAGACCUAUCUGUGUGGACAUCGAAUUCUCCAACUUCCGGACCGAGGCCAUGUCCAGCUCACGGAGGGCCCUGAUUGGAGUGGGCCAGAUGACCGCGUCUGCAGACAAGGAGCACAAUUUCCAGCAGUGCCAGGAGCUGGUGAAGAUAGGGGCUGCCCGCGGAGUCCACAUGCUUUUCCUGCCUGAGGCCUUCGAUUACAUCACACCCAGCACUGAGGAAACCCUCCACCUCGCUGAGGGUCUUGACGGAGAGCUGAUAGAGAGAUACCGGCAACUGGCCAGGGAGUCCAGACUCUGGCUGUCCCUGGGUGGGUUCCACGAGCGAGGACCACACUGGGAUCAGGACCGGCGAGUCUACAAUACCCACCUGCUACUUGAUGACUCGGGACAAACUGUGGGGCUCUACCGAAAGACCCACCUCUUCGAUGUGGAUCUCCCGGGUCAGGUCUCACUCAAGGAGAGCAGCUUCACUAUACCCGGACCACAAAUUGAGCUGCCGGUUACAACUCCGAUUGGCAAGAUUGGACUUGCUAUUUGUUAUGAUCUUCGAUUCCCAGAAAUAUCUCGAACUCUAGCUGAUGCUGGAGCAGAAAUUCUUACAUUUCCAUCUGCUUUUACAUUAACGACUGGCAUGGCACAUUGGGAGACUCUCCUGCGGAGCCGGGCGAUCGAGACGCAGUGCUAUGUGGUUGCGGCUGCACAGACAGGCCGGCACAAUGACCGCCGCUUGUCCUUUGGCCACUCCAUGGUGGUGGACCCCUGGGGCUGUGUGUUGGCCCAGUGUGGACAGGGCCUAGGUCUCUGCUGUGCUGAGAUCGACCUGGACUACCUGCAGCAGGUGCGCCAACAGAUGCCCGUGACCCAACACCGGCGGUGCGAUCUCUACGGGAGUGUGGGUAAACCUCCAUCCCUUAGCUGACUGUUCUCCUCAUACUCUCACCAACGUUAAUCAGGCACCAGAACUGUCUGUGUUUAUCAAAUCUUAUACACCUGCUGCUGUCAAUAAAGGAAAUAUUACCAGGGGCUGUCCGCUUAAGACUGGC